CCUGGUCGCACCUCGCCUGGUCUCUGACCCGGGCAUGGAGGGGGUCCCAGUGCUGACGAGGGGCAACGCGGCCGCCGCCACGGCGGAGGAAGCCGCAGCCAUGCCGCCCCCGCCUCCAAUCUCUCCUCCUGCCCUUACCCCGGCUCCCUCAGCGGGUGAGGAGGGUCCGUCGCCUUUGCCCGAGGCGGGGGCUCCCGGCUGCUCGGGCUCCCGGCCCCCCGAGCUGGAGCCGGAGCGCAGCCUGGGCCGCUUGAGGGGCCGCUUCGAGGACGAAGACGAGGAGUUGGAAGAGGAUGAGGAGCUGGAGGAAGACGAGGAGGAGGAGGAGGAGGAAGAGAUGAGCCACUUCUCGCUGAGGCUGGAGGGGUGCCGGCCGGAAUCGGAGGAUGAGGAAGAGCGCCUGAUUAAUCUCUCUGAGCUGACCCCAUACAUCUUGUGUUCCAUUUGCAAAGGUUACUUAAUAGAUGCAACUACCAUUACAGAAUGUCUUCAUACAUUUUGUAAAAGCUGCAUUGUAAGACAUUUUUACUAUAGCAACAGAUGUCCAAAGUGCAACAUAGUAGUACAUCAGACACAACCUCUUUAUAACAUAAGGUUGGACCGACAGUUACAAGACAUAGUGUACAAAUUAGUGAUCAAUCUAGAGGAAAGAGAAAAAAAGCAAAUGCAUGAUUUCUAUAAAGAAAGAGGUCUAGAAGUACCUAAACCUGCUGUUCCACAGCCAGUCCCUUCAAGCAAAGGAAGAUCUAAGAAAGUCUUAGAAUCAGUGUUUCGGAUUCCACCUGAACUUGAUAUGUCUUUAUUACUAGAGUUCAUCGGUGCUAAUGAAGGCACGGGACAUUUUAAGCCAUUGGAGAAGAAGUUUGUCCGAGUUUCAGGAGAAGCAACUAUUGGGCAUGUAGAAAAAUUUCUCAGAAGAAAAAUGGAUCUUGAUCCAGCUUGUCAGGUAGACAUCAUCUGUGGCGAUCACUUGUUGGAGCGGUAUCAGACUCUAAGGGAAAUUCGGCGUGCAAUCGGUGAUGCAGCAAUGCAGGAUGGUCUUCUGGUCCUUCAUUAUGGUCUUGUGGUUUCUCCUCUGAAAAUUACUUGAAGAUUCUAGGAGUAUUAGGAGGGAGGAGGGAAACAAAUUAAGGUGGCUCUGCAGGAUUGCGUCUCACCAAAGAGUUUCAUGGAACGUAAUUGCUACCACUUUGUGCUAAGACAUAACUUAUCUAUUUUCAGCACCAAGCAUCAUAACAUUUAUAAGUACAACUUGGAAUGAUGGAAUGCAUCUGUUUUACUAGCAACUAUCCAUAAAAAGCAUCCAUAGCUCAGGGGGAAAUUUUCAAAGUAUUUUUAAAUUCCUUGUGAUUUCAAAUACUUUGAUACUGAUUUUGCUUCCUAAUUUUUGAUGUAAAUCAGUUACUGUUUUCUUCAUUGAGCCAUAUCACUUUUAAGUUGGUGGUUUGGAUUCUACUCUGUGGAAUCGUAUUAGGUGGGCAGGAAAGAAGUAUGCUUUUGAAGUGAAGAUUAAAAGUCAGUCUUCGUUAAACUGUGCAGCCUAUACCCCUCACACAAAGACCAAAACUAUCGGCCACUUUUGUGUGUUGCCAUCACAUUUUGAACUUGAAUCUUUUUUUUUUUUUUACCAGCAACACUACUAAACAGAUGUUAUUUGCUUCUAAAAGGGAUAAGUUAUUAUUUUGUGUGAAGAGACCAUCUUCUGUACGGUUUAUGGCCCAUACCAUAAGCCUUCA